AAAGAGAAAAUGGCGGUCUGUACCACACGUGCGGUGUCCUCAUGCACAAAACAUCUGUUUAACAGGUUAUGUAACACUACUAGAAGGUCAAAUCAAACGUUUUUGACCGAAAGAUGUUGUAAACAAUCGAGAUCCUUUGGUCAAAUGCCACCACAAGAGAGAUUCUCCUCAGACCGAGAGCGUAAAUCGAGAUUCUCUGCAGGCUAUGCUGUUGGAACACUUGCGUUUUCCCGGGGCUUGCUCAUGUUGCUUGGCCUGGGAAAGAAAGAAGAGGAGGAUCCAGUGAUAAGUUUGUUCAGAGAAGCACGACUGGCACAGCACGAGAAAAACUUUGACAAAGCAGAAUAUUAUUUUCAUGAAGCGCUUAAAGUUGCUGCGGAAAAUCACCGAAAAACAGACAUGACAACUCGUGAUUACCUCUUUGCCAAAACAAACAUCUUUGACAGUCUCGCUGACAUGGCUCUAUCCAGGGGUCAGUUUGACAAGGCAGAGAAGUUAUACAAAGAGACAAUGAAAUGCUGCUUUGAAGUAGGAGUCCAGAAAGAUGAUAACUCAGUGAUUGAAAUUUCCAUCAAACUAGCAAGUAUCUAUGCCAUGCAACAUAGGGAUGCAGAGGCACGGACAGGAUUUGAGUUCUGUAUAAAGACACAAGAGCAGAAAGUGAAUGAGCUGGAUGACAAAGACAAGGACACAGUGGCACUUCUGGGUCUUGCGUUAGAGAGUUAUGGAAGGUACCUCAUGUACCAGAAACAACUGGACAAGGCACUGCCGUUGAUUGAGAAGGCUGUGACAGUUGCGACUUCGACACUGGGUGAGGAACACCCACAGACGCUCGUCUUGCACAAUGACCUAGCUACACUGAAUAUUCUCAGUAAAAAUUACGGACCAGCAGAAAAAACUUUGAAAUAUGCCAUAGAGGUUGGGGAAAGGGUUGAGUCAAGUGAGGUGCCAGCGUUAUACUGUAACUUGGGAGCACUGUAUAUACGGAAGUCGGAAUUUGAAGCUGCCAAAAGUGCCUGCAAGAAGGCUUUACAACUGGCAAAGAAAAUGAAAGACACAAUAUCGGCACAUCAAGCGCAGAAGUGCCUGGAUAAAAUUUACAAGGUUACCAAACAAAGUAAAAGUAGUUAAUGAUGUGCACUUUAGGAGAUUAUCUUGUUUAUCAUGUUUUUCAUUUAAGUUAACUUAUUUAAUGCUGUUUGCCUUACUUUGUAUGUUACCAUUGGUUUGUAUCAUUUGAAGAGAGACCAAGGUUUAUAUUUAUGUAAAUUAUGAUUUGAUAAGUAUUAUUAUUAUUGUUAUUAGUGGUGUCUUGAUGUGACAUUGAGAGACCUAUUUAUGAUUUAUGAGUUGUGCAUUAUCUCAAAGUCAACAUGUGUGUAGUAUGUUAUUUCAUUGUUUUACUAAGUCAAUAGUUACUGUGUAUUAGGGUCCUUAGACAUGCUAGAUUGAUCAUGAGAUAUACCAUGAGAUAGACCUUAAGGACCCCAAAACUCAUCUUUAUUUGAACACUGAUCAUCAUGAUCAUACACAGGUGUGGAUAAUUAGAUUUAGAUCUGGCGUUCAGUUCAUCAGUACGAAUCAUUUCAAGUUUCAUUAUUAUGAUCCUUUUUGAAAAUUGGUUGUUUUGAAUGAUAUUAAGUGGUGCAAUAUUUUAUAUUUUGAGACAGUUUUUGUCCUCUCUCCCAAGCCAUUUGUAACCCAGGUUUUGGUGUCAGCAAUGUGGUUUAACAUGUUUUCAGAAGUGGCAUUUGUCAGUUUACAAGGGUUGACUCCAUGCAGGGUCAACUUAGGAAAGAAUUCUAUGUCAUUCUGAAGGUGGCAGACCACAAGGCUGCAAGGAAAUGUCCUUCCUGGGUAUGUGUUUUUUUGUGUUUGCCCACUGCUAAUUUCAGAUGAGUUGUUUAUUUACUAUGUUUAAGAUACUUGUUGUUUUGGUAGAAAACAACUAGUCCCUGAGGAUUUUCAGUCGUGUAAAUACCAAAGGCCAAGUGUACAACAUAAUGUCUGCAUAAGAUUGAUCAGUGGUUUGAAAAAAGCAAUCAUCUGGAGAAAUAUUUGUUCAUUCAAGUAAGUAACGACAGUUUAGAUAGCAGGACUCUUAU